AUGUGGAGCGAAAGUUUCGAUAUCAUGCGCAAAGCCCUACUACAACCAGGUGCACGCCUGAGAGCACGUGACUUUCCAGCCGAGGCGUGUAUCGCUGGAGCGUUGGCGAAGGGCGACGACGAUGACGAGGGGCCGUGUCCCAAGUGCAAGAAGACGGUGACGCUUGGCGACCUCACUCCCAUCGGUGGCGGUGGUGGCGACUUCGGGUCGUCGGCGGGCGGAAACGGCAGCGACAACAGGCCGGGCGUGAUGAUGGAGACGAAGCUCAAGGCGCUGGUGGAAAAGCUGGCCGACAUCCAAGCCAAUGCGUUCGCGAACGACCCCCCAACGACGGUUUUUCUGCUGUCGGUUCGUGCUGGGGCCGUGGGGAUCAACCUCACGCAGGCCAACCACGUCUUCCUGCUCGAACCGAUGCUCAACCUGGCCCUGGAGAAACAGGCGAUCGGCAGGGUGCACCGCCUGGGACAGACCCGCCCCGUCACGGUGACCAAGCUAGUGCUGGCAGACUCGGUGGAGACACGGAUCCUUGCAAUGCGGAAAAUGCAGGCACGUGGCGGAGGCUCCGCUGGCUCCAGUCUCUUCAAUGCCCAGGGCGGGCCGGCUGGCAGCCUUGCCCGAGAAGAUGCCAGGCAUCUCAAAGUCGGAGAAUACGACGAAUUCUUCGGCCUGAACCGCGACAAGCCGAGCUCGAAUGCAAACACCGGCAAAUCUGUGUAG